CCAAAAUCUUAAUAUAGGAAUAAGAUCAAACGACGGGUGUCAGCUGGUUAAUAGGGCGGACAAAAUUCCUGCUGUGCUCUGCUCACAUGUGCAAGUAUUUAAUUUUUAUUUAUUUAUUUUCUGGUGAAAUGGCUAGUUCAGCGGAGAAGGAUACUUCUACAAAAGAGGAGGAUUUCUCUUUGGACCUUCCUGCUCCUCCUGGAUGGAAAAAGAAGUUUUUGCCCAAGAAGAGUGGGACCCCUAAGAAAAAUGAAAUCAUAUUCACUGCCCCAACUGGGGAGGAAAUCACAGGUAGAAGACAGUUGGAACAAUAUCUCAAAGCACACCCUGGCGGUCCAGCUGCAUCUGAGUUUGACUGGGGCACUGGCGAAACCCCUAGACGAUCAGCAAGGAUUAGUGAGAAGGCAAAGGCAGCUCCAACUCCUGAAAUUGAACCCCCAAAGAAACGAAGCAGGAAGUCAUCAGCUUCUAAAAAGGAGGCCAAAGAAACAGAAACUUCAACAGGAGCUGAAGAGACAAAACAAAUUCAAAUGCAGGAAGCUGGGAAAACUGGAAAGGAUGAAACAGAUGUGAAAGCUGCAAAGGAGGAUGUGAAAGGAAAUCAGGAAGAUAAUAAAGACAAACCCCAAGAAAGUGAUGCUAAAACAGAAGCAACUUCUACUGAAGAAGCUAAAGUUGAACAGAAUGUUGAUAAAUCUGAUAAAACCGAAGAGGGGAAGGGUGAAGUAGAGCAUUGGCUCUCCAAAGGGACAUCUGAUGGUUCAGGAAUAUCUGAAAAUAAGAAGGAAAAUAUAGAGGAUGAAAAAGUUCAAGAGAAGGAUAUGCAACCACUGGUUGAGGCUUGCAAAGAAUAUGGGUCUGGGGAACAAGAUAAAGCUGAUACGGUCAUCAGUAAGGAUAAGUGUGAAGCUGAAGGAGAGAACAAAAAGAAACCUAGCAGAAGCAUUCCUGAGCCUGAAGGAGCGAUCAAGGAUAAAUAAGCAGCAAAUGACAAUAAUGAGAUUGUAUAGGUAUUGAUGAGAUGAAUGAGAAGGUGCAAGGAGAGGUGAUUGAGAAUGGGAUAAGUGGCAAUGGGGCCAUGUAAGUUUAAGCCUUGAGGUGGCACAUCAAAAAGAGUAAUUCGACGCCGGCUUCUUCUAACCCCUUUCUGACCUUUGUAAAGUGCUUAGUCCGUUGGAUGACUGUAGUUUUAAUGUUUUAAUAGAUAGCUAUUUGAUUGUUAAUUCAGAUAUUGCUUUAAAAGAGCCAUAGGUUAUAUGUGUAAUGUAAGAGCUCUUAUUGCUGACCUUCAAAGUAUAUGCAAUAGCCAUUGUAAAAGUAUGAUGUUAGAUAAUGGUAUUGUAAUGUCAUUAAGCGGUUAUGUAGUAAUAAGUUCCUUUUAGAGAUUCUAUGAGAUGGUAUAUAAAAAGCUCCUUGUUCUUUGGUGUGGUUGAUCA